GUGGAUGAGGCAGGUGGACGAGGUGCUGGAGCUGCUCACCUGGGACACACACACCUACGUGAAGGACGACAGGUACCGGCUUGUGCACGAGGCGGGGGACGGCUGGCAGAAGUGGCAGCUGGUGAUCGGGGACGUGCAGGCGGAGGACGUGGGGGACUACCGCUGCCAGGUGGACACGACGCCGCCCCUGGUGCUGGAUGCGGCGCUCACUGUCACGGAGCCCAGGACGCGCGUGGUGGACGAGCGCGGGGACCAGGUGGAGGAGAAGCACUACAACAGCGGCAGCAUGAUCGAGCUCAAGUGCAUCGUGGAGCAGGUGCCCUUCCCCCACGGCCCCGUCACCUGGCGCAGGGGGUCCACCGUGCUCUCCUUCAACACCUCCAGGGGCGGCAUCAGCGUGAAGGGGGACGAGACGGCGGGCUUCAUCUCCAGCCGCCUCUACGUGGCCAACGCCUCGCCCGCAGACUCCGGCCGCUACUCCUGCUGGUAUCGUAACUUCACCAGCGAUACCGUCACCGUCCACGUCAUAGCAGGUGAGAACUCCCAGGCCAUGCAGCACGACGCCCCCCCUGAGAGCACGGCCGCCGCCCCCUUCGCCGCCCCCCGCUGGCAGCUCGUCGCCCUGCUCACCUGCCUCACCUGGCCGACACACCUGGGCCACGGCAGGUGAUCUCCGCGUGCUCCCUCCGCCCCCCACCUCACUUGAGGGCCCAACGCGCCUCCCACACCUGUCCUUGUUCUCCAUAAGCUUUUCUACAUUUCAACGUACAUGCAUUACGCUUACCUACAUAAGUCUACAUGUGUGCGGCGUACAUGUACACACUGACACUAAUACUGGUGAGCGUUUUUCCCGUACAUGUACACGCAGAGAAUAUUGACUCUUUUCCUUGUGUACACACGAGUUAAUACGCCGCGCGCCCGGGCUGAAAAAACGCACACAAAACAGGAAGGGUUCACGUCCAUAUUGUUUGUUCUAUCGCACACGCACACACGAACGCACGCACACAGGCAAACAAAAAAAAAAAGAUUAAUGAAAAACGCAAAAAAAUAUUCCACACACACACACACACACACACACACACACACACACACACACACACGCCGGAGAGCCCCACGAUGCAUCAUAUUCCUUCUCGUGUGUUAAUAAGCCUACAAUGAUGUCUACGUUUUCUAAAUACAAAAAU